AUGACAUGUUGUCAUAACCAGCCCCUUUCUCUUUUUAGAGAAGAAGGGUUCAUUGAAACCCUUCAAUGCCGUGAUCAGGAGCUUUACCUCGCGAUUCGGAUGCUUGUUUACCGAUUUCCUCCCGGACAAUUCACACCUGAAAAACAACAAGCCGCAGUUACGCUAUCUAAGUCUUGCCGAAAUUUAGUGACAGAUCGCAUUGCGAAUGGCAAAAUCAAGCUGUCUACUCUACAAGCUCUUUGUAUUCUUAGCAUGACCGGCUUCGCAGAUGGAAGUGAGAUGCAAGCCGGGCUUGACCUUAAUAUGGCUCAGUAUUUUGCUAGUAGCCUCUCUAUUGGCUCUUCCUUGGGCGAUCCGGUUGAAUACUCUUUAUGCGUCCAAAGCAUUUCAUUAUUGCAGAGCCUUCAAGGUUCAAUCCUUGACCUAGCAAAAGCUGCUAGUACAGGCUACUUAUUUCAAAGUGCAAAUAGCCUCCUAGAGCUCAUCAAUCACCAAGCCGGGAAAACCUCACUGUUACGAGAGCCAGGCCUGGGGGGAGACUCUAAUCACGGCAUUUUAUUCUAUAUGGCUCAAUCUGCCAAGGUCUGGCAUAUGGCUAGAGCCUACGCGGCAAUUCGAGUCGGGCCAGACAGCCCUCCCCCUUGGAGCCCUCAGUCUGAUUACUCCCUCGUUACGCUGCGUAAUCUCGAGCUUGACUGUCGAUUUCCGCUCAAGUAUCGAUUCGCCACGAAUCACUUUGGCGAUCUUUCCCCUGAGGCAUUGCAUCAACGAAGAGACUACUGGGGCCCGUGGCUGUUUAUCCAAUUUCUUCAUGCGGCAAUUCCGACUCUAUUAAGCCACCCUUUUCUCUUAUCAUUACAUCUCAAGCACUUCCGGCAUAUGAUGCCACAGACUUUUUUGUAUCAAUCAUUCGACCUCAUUUCAAAACAUACUGCCUGGAUUGUCUGCUACCUUGAUCUCUUGGAGAAGCAACAGUUCCAAAUAACGGACCCCACAAUCGCGCACUGCGUGGUUAUAGUUGCUACUAUCCAUCUACAACAUAGCUUUGUUGAGGACGAAACUCUUCGCGAAAAAGCACGGCAUGGUUAUGAUAAGUGUAUGCGGUUCUUAGACCGCGUAGGGGCAACCUGGUCUUUCAUUUUCUCGAUGACCCAGAACCUACGGAAGCUGCGGGAUAGCGUUUCCACGACACCAAGCAUCCACGCCGACGGUAUCUAUUCUAACGAGGCUUGGUCAAUCAAUGCACAGUUACUUUGGGAUAUCCUCGUCUUCGAAAAGGCAGGGCAAAAUGACGGCUCUGCGGAUAGGUCUAUGUUUGACGACCUCGUCACCUCGGAGGUUGAGCAUUCACAAGAUGUUGACGAAUGCGCCAUGGUCGGUUCGGCGGGCAUAUCUGGUCAUAAAACAGCCUGGAAGGGAAUCUCGGCGUAUGCCCCCCAGGACAACGACCCUUAUAAACCACUGAGGAACUUGACUACGCCAGGUGGCGCAGUGGAAGAAGCUCAUAACGGACGGGGUUUUGAGGGCUUGGGGGACUUGAAUACGAUCGAUCAAGGCAAUUUUCUUUUGCGGGCUGAAGACUUCGGAAGGGCUGUCAACGAUUGGAUGAAAUUCGACAUGGCCUAUAUCUCGUAG